AUGAUUACGCUCAACUUCUUCGUGCCGGUGCUAGUCGUGGCUCGGAACAAACAGCUGCAAGACGAGCCGAUGCCGUUCCUCGUGGCCAACCUGGCCCUGGUUGACCUGCUGUUUGGGUUCAACCUGUUGUUCAUUGGAGUCGUGGACCUAGCGUUUGGACAGUCGGUCCCCACACUGCUCUGUCUGGCCGUCCAGUACACGGCCGGCGCCCUGGGCGUGGCGAUGAAGGUGGCUCAGCUCGCUCUCGCGGUUGACCAGUUCGUCGCCGUGGUGUUCCCACUGCGGUACUACGACAUCAUGACUGGCAAGAUCAAGCUGCUGGCCAAGCUCACGUGGACGUCCCUGCUGUUGAACGGAAUGUUUGGCGCGACCGCCUCCCUCGUCGGCCUGGAGACAGUCCUGGAGUUUGAUCAGCGCGUGCUCGAGGUCAGCAAGGUCGUCAACCAGUGUCGGUGGGAACGGAUCUCUAGCGCCUUCAUGUUCUCCCUCGAGGUGCAGCUGUUUGCAUUUUCAGCCUGCACAGGCGCACUGUUCGUCUACACCGCCAUUCAGGGCGUGCGCUUCCUCCAGCGCAUGGAGACUCGUGGCCAGGUCGACAACAUCAACUUCACCGCACGCUUCAAGCUCUUCCAGCGCAUCUUCAAGACAUCGCCCAUCUCGGGCCGCGUGCAGACGUCACUCGUCUGA